UGAAGCUGUGUUCGUCUUAAAAUCGAGUUUAACGUUCAUGAGAGAGACUGGAUGUUAAUUAAUAUUCAUCUUUGUAAUAUAAUGAACAUACAGAGUCACGGACGGACAUCUCAAACAAAGUGGCUAAUGACUCAGAUUAACUGCUAAGGUUAUUUUUUUAGCAUGCAGAAUAACACGAAAACAGAUGAAAUAAAUAGAUUUAGUUUAAGUUUAAAUUAAAACACUUUGAUUGACUCUCAAACUUUAAAUACAUGUUGGCGGGAGGAGGCCGGAUUCUCCGCAUUAACCGCAGACUGCUCAAAUAUCGGACAGUCCCUGAACGCAGCACGUGGCCCUGCCGUCAGUGCGUGAUAUCCUUCCGCGGGAGAGUCUCGCGCGGCCUUUCCUCCCGACAACAGGAUGCGAACGGGCGGCGUGAAGCUCGAGACGUGACUCUGCGCCACGGCCGUUAACGUUUCCGCGACAUCCGAGUGAAAAACACCGCAUCGGCAACGGGGAACCUCCGCUUCGUCUCCCGCCGACUGAUCCCGCCCUGUGGCCGACACCGCCUGAGAUCCGUGGAAGAAAAAUAAUCCGCUGUGAGCUGCGCGGCAACCGAAACUACCGAGAGCAGAGAGCGCGAGGCAGCGGAGCCGGUGGACGGAAUGGAGCUCAUCACUAUCCUCGAGAAGACGGUCUCUCCAGAUCGUAAUGAACUGGAGGCGGCUCAGAAGUUUCUGGAGCAGGCAGCGAUCGAAAACCUGCCCACAUUCCUGGUGGAGUUGUCCAAAGUGUUGGCGAACCCAGGGAACACUCAGGUGGCUCGAGUCGCCGCCGGUCUGCAGGUGAAGAACUCGCUGACCUCCAAAGAUCCCGAUGUGAAGACACAGUACCAGCAGAGAUGGCUGGCCAUCGACGCCAACGCUCGCCGCGAGAUCAAGAACUACGUUUUACAGACUCUGGGCACGGAGACGUACCGGCCCAGCUCGGCGUCCCAGUGCGUCGCCGGCAUCGCCUGUGCAGAGAUCCCGGUUAACCAAUGGCCCGAGCUGAUCCCACAGCUGGUGGCCAACGUCACCGACCCCUCCAGCACCGAGCACAUGAAGGAGUCCACGCUGGAGGCCAUCGGAUACAUCUGCCAGGACAUCGACCCGGAGCAGCUGCAGGAGAACGCCAACCAGAUCCUGACCGCCAUCAUCCAGGGCAUGAGGAAGGAGGAGCCCAGCAACAACGUCAAACUGGCUGCGACCAACGCCCUGCUCAACUCCCUGGAGUUCACCAAAGCCAACUUCGACAAGGAGACGGAGAGACACUUCAUCAUGCAGGUGGUGUGUGAAGCCACGCAGUGUCCUGACACCAGAGUGCGUGUGGCGGCCUUACAGAACCUGGUGAAGAUCAUGUCCCUGUAUUAUCAGUACAUGGAGACGUACAUGGGUCCUGCUCUGUUCGCGAUCACCAUCGAGGCGAUGAAGAGCGACAUAGACGAAGUCGCCUUACAGGGCAUCGAGUUCUGGUCCAACGUGUGCGACGAGGAGAUGGACCUGGCCAUCGAGGCCUCCGAGGCCUCAGAGCAGGGGCGCCCCCCGGAGCACACCAGUAAGUUCUAUGCCAAAGGCGCCCUGCAGUACCUGGUCCCCAUCCUGACCCAGACCCUCACCAAACAGGACGAGAAUGACGACGACGACGACUGGAAUCCGUGUAAGGCUGCCGGCGUUUGUCUGAUGCUGCUCGCCACGUGCUGCGAGGACGACGUGGUUCCCCACGUGCUGCCUUUCAUCAAAGAACACAUCAAGAACCCCGACUGGCGCUACAGAGACGCCUCCGUCAUGGCGUUCGGUUCCAUCCUGGAAGGACCUGAACUCAACCAGCUCAAACCGCUCGUCAUACAGGCGAUGCCCACUCUGAUCGAGCUGAUGAAGGACCCCAGCGUGGUGGUGAGGGACACCACAGCGUGGACGGUGGGGCGGAUCUGUGAGCUGCUGCCUGAAGCCGCCAUCAACGAGAUCUACCUGGCUCCUCUGCUGCAGUGUCUGAUCGAGGGCCUCGGCGCCGAGCCCAGGGUGGCCUCCAACGUGUGCUGGGCCUUCUCGUCUCUGGCUGAGGCGGCGUAUGAAGCCACGGAUGCUGCAGAGGAUCAGGAGGAGCCGAGCACGUACUGUCUGUCCUCGUCCUUCGAGAUCAUCGUGCAGAAACUCUUGGAGACCACAGACAGACCUGACGGUCAUCAGAACAACCUGCGCUCGGCCGCCUACGAGGCUCUGAUGGAGAUCGUGAAGAACAGCGCUAAGGACUGUUACCCUGCGGUCCAGAAGACCACGCUGGUCAUCAUGGAGAGGCUGCAGCAGGUCCUACAGAUGGAGUCUCACAUCCAGAGCACCUCAGACAGGAUCCAGUUCAACGACCUGCAGUCACUGCUGUGUGCCACUCUACAGGUGAGACGCACACCUGAGCCGUCCACGCUCUUAUUUCAUUACCCGAGCUGUGUCCACGCUCUUAUUGUGACAGUCAUUACCCCGAGCUGUUGUCACGCUCUUAUUGUGGACAGAUCCAGCUGUGUACGCCUCUGGAGUGCGCAUAGGACGCCUGCAGAUCUCUGGACGUCGUCAUUGGCGUCUCUGCUCCGAUGUUUCAAGCCGGCCCGGUCAGGAGGAGUCCAGGAGGACGCUCUGAUGGCGGUGUCCCACUGGUGGAAGGAACGACCAGAGUAUCAGGUGUGUCUGGCUGCAGUGGGUCUGGUGUGUGACCUGUGCAGAGCUCUGAUGUCCAACAUUCUGCCUUACUGUGACGAGAUCAUGCAGCUGCUGCUGGAGAACCUCGGGAAUGAGAACGUCCACCGGUCGGUGAAGCCUCAGAUCCUGUCUGCGUUUGGCGACAUCGCUCUGGCCAUCGGAGGCGAGUUUAAGAAAUACCUGGACAUCGUCCUGGACACCCUGCAGCAGGCGUCCCAGGCUCAGGUGGACAAGACGGACUACGACAUGGUGGACUACCUGAACGAGCUGAGGGAGGGCUGCCUGGAGGCGUACACCGGCAUCAUCCAGGGCCUGAAGGGCGACCAGGAGAACGUGCACCCUGAUGUGAUGCUGGUUCAGCCUCGGGUGGAGUUCAUCCUGUCCUUCAUCCAUCACAUAGCUGAGGAUGAAGAUCACUCGGAUGGAGUCGUGGCCAACGCUGCCGGACUCAUCGGCGACCUGUGCACAGCGUUCGGUAAAGACGUGAUGAAGCUGGUCGAGGUUCGUCCGCUCAUCAACGACCUGCUGACAGAGGGUCGACGCUCCAAAACCACCAAGACCAAGACGCUGGCUACCUGGGCCACCAAGGAGCUCCGCAAGCUCAAGAGCCAGGCCUGAUUGUUGCUCGUCGGGGAAAGAGAGCGAGAGAUUUGAGAGACGGACACGGUGAACGAAGACAAACCGCCCCACUGGAAUCAAACUCUUCUGUGUUUGUCACGAGCGUCCGCUCGAAGCAGAAGUGACGUGAGAUGACGUGUGUCUGUGUGUGAGCGAGAGAGAGACGUGUGCGCGAGCGAGAGAUGACAUCACACCACCUUCGGUUCCAGCAGGCGACGACUCCCCCCCCCC